ACAACCAACUCCAAAUCAACCACAAAGUCUCAGAGAGGAAGAACGAGCAAGACAAUGAUGGCAAUAGGGAUAUAUUUGUUUGUUUUGCUGCUUGCUCUGCUGAUUCUCCUCUUCUUCAAACAACUCUGGUCCCAAAGACAUUUGCCUCCCGGUCCUUUGGCUCUACCUAUCUUUGGCAACGUGUGGCUUUAUGGAUUUUGGCUUCGUGAAGAUUUUUUCCUUAAGCCUGCAAAACGAUAUGGAAAUAUAUACUCCAUAUGGGCCGGACAUUACCUUAUAGUAGUGCUGUCUGGAUUCAAAGCUGUAAAAGAAGCAAUGACCAGCUUCCCAGAAGAAUUCUCUCUUCGCCUGGAGGAUCCAUUCUUGACUCUUGUAGGGAAAGGAAUGGGAAUUCUUCUUUCCAAUGGCCACACCUGGAAACAGCAGCGACACCUUGGUAUCGCUUCUCUGCGGAAGCUGGGCCUGGGGAAGAAAAGCAUUGAGCAUCUAUUACAAGACAGAGCUCAGACAUUGGUGGAGAUGUUUAGACAAACAAGAGGAGAGCCAUUUGACCCUUCAUUUCCAGUACUAAAUGCAGUUUCUAACGUCAUAUUUACUUUGAGUUUUGGAGGUCAGUUUCCUCCUGAAGAUGAAAACUUUAAGAAGUUAGCGCAAGCAUUGCACGUUGUUGUGGAUGUCGUUAGUGACACUUUCCAUAUGAUAUAUAAUUACUUUCCACGAAUAAUGACGUACCUCCCAGGCCCUCACCAGGAAGCCAUGUCUGCCGCAAAAACGAUUAUUUCCUUUAUAAAGCAGGAAAUAGAGAAACACAAGGAAUCCAGCUCCUGGCAUGAGCCGCAGGAUUUCAUUGAUUACUAUCUUUUUCAGAUGGAGAAGAGCAAGAACGAUCCUAACGCUACCUACAAUGAAGACAACCUGGCUCAGUGUCUUCUUGAUUUUAUUGUUGCUGGAAUUGACACAUCUUUCGCCACUAUGCUGUGGACCCUGCUCCUCUUGGCCACUCAUCCCCACAUCCAAGAGAAAGUCCAGAAGGAGAUUGAAGAUGUGUUUGGCUCCUCACAGUCAAUUUCCUAUCAGGAUCGGAAGAAGCUGCCUUACACCAAUGCCGUGAUUCAUGAAAUGCAACGUGUAAAAUAUGUCAUGCUAUAUGGGGGACCCAGGCAAAGUACAAAGGAUGUGACGAUGAGGGGUUACCACAUUCCAAAGGGGACCUUUAUUAUUACAGACCUGCGCUCUGUUCUUUUUGAUCCUGAGCAAUGGGAGACACCUGAAGAAUUCAACCCAAAUCACUUUUUAGAUAAGGAUGGGAAUUUCCUUAAUCGAGAAGCGUUUCUGCCAUUUGGACUAGGUCAGCGUGCCUGUAUUGGAGAGCAGCUGGCAAGAACUGAGAUCUUCAUCUUUCUGACCAACCUGCUGAGAGCAUUUAGCUUCCGGGCACCUGAAGGAAUGAAAGAACUCAAAAAAACCCCUAUUGCAAAAGUGACAGUGCAUCCACAGCCUUACAAAUUGUGUGCUAUUCCCACACACACUUAAAUAUAUAAAAAACACCAUACAAAGCAUAAAAUUAAUUACAGAAUAGUUAUUCACUAUAGUAUAUGUUUACUUUUGCUUUUUUGUAUUAUUAUCUUUUAUUCAUUAAAAAUGAAACUCAGUCAACUGGACAUUUAAAAAUGUGUCACAAAUACCAUUGACUGGUGCUAAUGGCUGAUACGGGUUGCUGCCAGCGUCCUAGGUAUCAACCAAGUACCUUCUUAAAAUAUAUGAUGUUCCGAGUAGCGCAGUUUUUUGCAGUUCCGCUGAUGUUAUUGCAGGAAGCUGCAAUUUCUUGAAGUGUUUUGUGAAAUUCUUGGAUAUGGUACCAAGUGCCCUGAUGACAAUGGGUAUCACUGUGACAUGUUUCAUCCAUAGCCGUGUAGUUUCUAUAGCCAGGUCGCGAUAUUUUAUGAUUUUUUCCAGUUCUUUUUCUUCGACUCUGGCGUCUCCUGGUACCGCAAUGUCAAUAAAUUGUACGUUUCGGUUUUUCGACAACUGUGAUAUCUGGCUUUUUUAUAAUAAUUAUUAUUAUUCUGUAACAAUGGGCAAUUGUGCCUAUUCAUUUAUCAUAUUAUUUUGCUUCUUUUUAUUCUGCAUUGAAACUUCUUCAAACUAUUGCUGGGUUCACACAACGUACCUAACCAGGUCAAUGAAAGACCAGGAGAUUGUGUAUGGGGGAAAAAAAUGUGCUAAGUAGGUUUGGUGUGUUUUCCCUUUUGUUUCCUUUGGGUGGCAAUAAAACAUAUCACUUUCUCAUUA